AUGUCAAUCGAAAAUCUUAAGACCUACGACCCUUUCGCUGACACCGGUGAAGACGAAGGACAACCCUCUGGGAACGGCAGAAAAACUCUAACUACUGUACAAGGUAUUCCAGCUGAAUAUGAUCAGAGGAGGCUGCUGAAAGCAUUCAAGAAAGAGUUUGCCUGUAAUGGCACGCUCGUGCAAGAUGAAGAACUUGGUCAAGUAAUCCAACUUCAAGGAGACCAGCGUCUCAAAGUUCAGGGCUUCCUUGCAUCGGAAGGAAUUGACAAAAAGAUAAUCAAACUCCAUGGUUUCUGA